AUGAGUGCUUCGCUGCGAAAGCGUCGCGGCGUCCACUCUGACGGAGCGCAGGACCUCGUUGCGCCGGACGCGGCUGACACGGACAAGAGCAACAACAACAACAACAACAACAACGCGGCCAUCAGCAGCAGCAGCAUCAGCAAUAGCAGCAGCAUUGAGCGCCCGGCGAGCCCGCCGCUGCAGUUCAUGCCAACGCCAACGCCGUUGAGCUCGUCGCCGCGCACGACGGGGGGCCGCCGCAGCCUGUCGCACCGUGACACGCAGUCGAGCGCUGCUACUACUUCCUCCACGAGUAGCUCGAACGCAUCGGCAGGGGGAGACGCCGCAGCACGGAAGGCAGCCGCAAUGCAGCAGGCGCUGAGCAACCCGCUCGCCUGGAACUGCCACAAGCCAACCAGCUCGCUGCUGUCGUCGGCGUCCCGCUUCAACAACUACCGAGGCCUCUUCAAUCUGUGCAUGCUGAUUCUCGUUCUGAGCAACCUGCGCAUGAUUGUGGAGAACGUUGCCAAGUAUGGCGUGCUUGUCAAUCCACUGCGCUGGUUUAGCUGGUGGAUUGAGGAUCCGUACACCUGGCCAAAUUUGCUGCUCGCGCUUUCGCUCAACAUUUACAUCUUUGCCGCGUUGCACAUCGAGCGACGGCUGGCCGAUGGGCGAUUGUCCAACAAUCGCGGCCGCUUGUUCCAUUGCAUCAACAUUUUCCUCGAACUCGUCAUUCCGCUGGUCAUUGUCUUUGUUGCGCACCCGAAUCCAGCUGGCUCUGUUCUCGUCAUCGGACAAGCAAGCGUCAUCUGGCUCAAGCUCGUUUCCUGGGUCAUGUUCAACGGAUGGUGCCGUGAGGAGCGGGCUGCCGCUCUGACUGGCACCCGCCCUCCAGUCACGAUUGAGGAGCGCCAACAAGAGCUCGAGCGUCUCUCGACAAAGUACGAGCAAGAGCUGCGUGAGCAGCAACGCCGUCGUCGCCACCACGGUCAUGGCCAAGACGCGCAGCCCGCUGCCGAUGCUUCACGAUUGACCAAUUCGGUGAACGCCCUCAAAGACGAGGUGGAUCGCUGGACUGCCUCGGACAUUGACUUUGUGUACGAUCCGCCAUUGCUCUACCCGAACAACCUGACUGCAUCCAACCUCUACUACUUUAUGCUCGCACCGACCUUGUGCUACGAGCUCAACUUUCCUCGCACCCGCCGUAUUCGCUGGCGCUUCCUUGCUCGUCGCAUCGUGGAGACGGUCUUCUUUGCCGUGUUGCUGUUUGCGCUUGGCGAGCAAUGGGUGGUGCCAACUGUCAAAAACUCGAUGAAACCGCUGCAUGAGCUGGACUGGACGACCAUGACGGAGCGCGUGCUCAAACUUGCGAUUCCAAACCACUUCCUCUGGCUCAUCUUCUUCUACUGGUUCUUCCACUGCGUGCUGAAUGCGAUGGCCGAGGUGCUGCGCUUUGCCGACCGAGAGUUUUACCGCGACUGGUGGAAUGCAACCACCAUCCAGUACUUUUGGCGCAACUGGAACAUUCCGGUGCACAAGUGGUGCGCCCGCCACUUUUACUUGCCCUUGAUGCGCGCCGGCUACUCGCGCCCGUUCGGCUGGCUGGCUGUCUUCCUGCUGUCUGCGCUGUUCCACGAGAUCUUGGUGUCGGUGCCGCUGGGCAUGUUCAAAAUCUGGGCGUUCGCGGCCAUGAUGGGCCAGAUUCCCCUGGCCGUCAUUACGGAGCGGUUUUUCAAGAACAGCCAGUACGGCAACGUUGUUGUCUGGUUUUCCCUUGUGCUCGGCCAGCCGAUCGCCGUGCUGAUGUACGUGUACGAUUACUUGGUGAUCCACCAAAAGCUCUGAUUCCUGUUGUUUUUCGCCUGUCUUUGUGUUUUUGUUCUCCGCGCUCGUACUGCGCUUGCUGCACUUGCUGCCGUUGUUGCGCCUUUUCUUUCAUGGUGUCCGUUGUGCUUGUGACUGCACCGAUCGUUGUCUCAGUUGUAUCGAAUUGUUCAACCCAAUAGUCAAAUGAAAAAUCCGUUGUUGUCCUCC